AUGGAGUACCAAGAUCCAACGCAACCGCGAGUCCAUCCUCGCAAGCAAUUUGUUCUUUGCUUUGACGGUACUGGCAACAAAUUUUCCGGGACCGACGCGGAUAGCAACAUCCUGAAGAUUUAUCGCAUGCUUGACCGCGAUGGCGACGACCAAUUCCAUUACUAUCAACCUGGCAUUGGGACUUAUGUUACGAAUGCGGGCGGCACAAUGACACGAACAGGUCGGAUCGAAAAGUUCAAAUCAUGGUACGCAAAAGCCAAGGAUAGUGCUGUUGGCACUUCCUUUGACUUGCACGUAAUGGCCGGGUACAGAUUCUUGAUGAGAUACUAUACGCCAGGUGACGACAUCUUCUUCUUUGGGUUUUCCAGAGGUGCAUACACUGCUAGGUUCCUUGCUGAGAUGUUGGAUCACGUUGGUCUUCUAUCUGCCGGUAACGAAGAGAUGUGCCAAUUUGCAUGGAAAACGUUUCAGAAGUGGCAGUGUCGAAUAGAGGGAACCAGCGAAGACAACAAGGCAGACAAGAAGAAACACUUGGAGUUUAUGUGCGCAUUCAGAGAAACGUUUAGCCGGCCAGUGCGUCCGAUUCGCUUCCUUGGCCUCUUCGACACCGUCAACAGUGUUCCCCACUUCGAGAGCGCUUGGAUGCAGCGGAGCAAGUUGCCAUACACCGCCAGGAGUUCCGCCAGAGUUAUCCGCCAUGCUGUCUCAAUUGAUGAGCGCCGUGCAAAGUUUCGUCAGGAUCUCAUCUCACAAGAAAAGCCGGACAAAUCUAUGCUUUACAAGAGACAUCAAAAGCAUCGUCGUGCACAACAGGCACUCCGCGAUAAUCAUCAUAAUGAACAUAGCGACAAGACCGAAGAACCAGAGAGGGGACGCCGCGAUACUUUGGCACCGCCUGAGCGGUUCAGAAACCCUCACGAAACUUCUGGAGUACGCAGUCGGAGCCCGAGCUAUUCAUUCAAUCUGGAUGGAAACGGUCGUACUUCUGGCGCAACUUCUAUAACGUCAGUAGACCCCAUCCACAAUAACGACUCCUGGGAUGAAGACAAUGGUGAACAAGAUAUUCGGGAGGUGUGGUUUCCUGGCUGCCAUGCUGACAUUGGUGGAGGUUGGCCACUGGAUGACGGACGCGAUGCGGCAUUGAGCCACGUACCACUCGUCUGGAUGGUUUACGAAGCACAAAAGGCUGGACUCCAAUUUGAUGAAGAGAAGCUUGAAAUGCUACACUGCUGCGAUUAUGAAUCGGAGGCUGUGGAAAUACACCGUCAAGUCGGCAUCCCUGCUAUCGAGAUCGAUACUGGUUCUCCGGUACCAUCAUCCGAUGGGGGUUCCCCUCGUGACAAAUCAGCAAUGAACAAACCAGCCGAUUUCGUAAAUGGCACAACGAGUCAGUUUGUAGAUGAAGAGAAUGUCCCGGACCACCAUCUCAACCAUCCAGAUACCAAAUUCCACAGACAUCUCCACUAUGCAACGACGCAAGGUCGCAUGCACGACGUACUCCAAUUCAACAACGGCGUUAGCGCUACGAGCGUUAUUUCCUGGAACAUCAUGGAAUACCUACCCUUCCGACGUAUGGAUCUCCGCGAAGAUGGGACUUGGAAAGCUAUCAUCUGGCCCCUUCCCAAAGGCGAGACGCGCGAUAUUCCUGGCGAAGCGGUCAUACAUUCCAGUGUGAUCAAGCGGAUGCUCGCAGACGAGACAUACAGGCCAGGUAAUCUUAUUGUGGGUGGUGGAGGACGAGGCAUGAGGAGAGCGCCCAAAGAAAUGGGUAUUGGGAAGUGGAUUGUUACUUGUGAUGAGGGUCAUCCGGCGGGUGAGUGUUUCGUGAGAAAAGAGAAACCGGUCCGGGUGAAGACGGGGAAUAGUGCGCGUUUGAAAGUGAUGUCAAAAGCAUCGUAGAGCAAUCGUUGUAACGAGUGGUUAGUUCU